GCGGGGGCAGCGCGUCCGGGCUGCUGAAAACCUGGUCCGCUACCCAACACGCCUGGGUUCACUUCCAGCGCCUCGGGAUCGCCUACAAAAGAAAAGGCGACCAUGAACCGGAGUCAGAGCACGCGACCACCCCCUGGCACUGAACCUGGGGAGGCUGCCUGGCCCCGUGGGAGGGCGCCCUCACCGAGAAGCUCCUUAGCACAGAGAUGGCCAGCCUCUUCCAUGCUCCUGGCUUUUUCAUCAGGUCCUAGCAGGCUGGCUUUAUUUGUGGGGGAUGAUUGAAAAAAUUGAGGGUGAAGACUAAGGACCCUUUGCACAUAAAUGCAUAAUACCCUCUCUUUCUUUGUUCUUUCUUUACAGUAGCUUCCAGUCACGACGUGGAAAAAAAAAAAAACCAAACAAAACCAAAACCUGAUUGCUCUGCCCUGGGAAAUUGUAACCCUGACCAAUACACCUGCUUGCAGGGAACAGAGGAAUUCUACUAGAAAUACCUUGGAGGAAAUUUUGACUACUACUUAUUCUAGGAUAAUGCCAGAAAAGAUUGUAGCUCCAAUUGUGAUUCUUAAAAUUACUGUUAAAAUUUAUUCACUUCCUGGGACUUGCCUGGUGGUGCAGUGGUUAAGACUCCAUGCUCCCAAUGCAGGGGGCCCAGGUUCUAUCCCUGGUCAGGGAAAUAGGCCCCACAUGCAUGCUGCAACUAAGGAGCCCACAUGCCGCAACUAAGCUGGCAAGCUGCAACUAAGGAGCCCACAAGACGCAACUAAGGAGCCCACGAGCCACAACUAAGGAGCCCACCUGCCGCAACUAAGACCUGGCACAACCAAGAGAUGUGAUGGAGCUGCUUGAAGAAGAUCUCACGUGCCCAAUUUGCUGCAGUCUGUUUGACGAUCCUCGAGUUUUGCCUUGCUCGCAUAACUUUUGCAAAAAAUGCUUAGAAGGGAUCUUAGAGGGGAAUGUGCGGAAUUCAUUGUGGAGAUCAUCUCCAUUCAAGUGCCCCACAUGCCGCAAGGAAACUUCAGCCACCGGGGUCAGUAGCCUGCAGGUUAAUUACUCCCUGAAGGGUAUUGUGGAAAAGUAUAACAAGAUCAAGAUCUCUCCCAAAAUGCCAGUGUGCAAAGGACACUUGGGGCAGCCUCUCAACAUUUUCUGCCUGACUGAUAUGCAGCUGAUUUGUGGGAUCUGUGCUACUCGUGGUGACCACACCAAGCAUGUCUUCUGUUCUAUCGAAGAUGCCUAUGCUCAGGAAAGGGAUGCCUUUGAGUCCCUCUUCCAGAGCUUUGAGACCUGGCGUCGGGGAGAUGCUCUUUCUCGCUUGGAUACCUUGGAAACUAGCAAAAGGAAAUCUCUACAGUUGCUGACUAAAGAUUCAGAUAAAGUGAAGGAGUUUUUUGAGAAGUUACAACACACAUUAGAUCAAAAGAAGAAUGAAAUCCUUUCUGACUUUGAGACCAUGAAACUUGCAGUUAUGCAGGCCUAUGACCCAGAGAUCAACAAACUCAACACCAUCUUGCAGGAACAACGAAUGGCCUUUAACAUUGCUGAGGCUUUCAAAGAUGUGUCAGAACCCAUCAUAUUUCUGCAACAGAUGCAGGAGUUCAGGGAGAAAAUAAAAGUCAUCAAGGAAACUCCUUUGCCUCCCUCUAAUUUGCCCUCAAGCCCUUUAAUGAAGAACUUUGAUACCAGUCAGUGGGAAGACAUAAAACUAGUAGAUGUGGAUAAACUUUCUUUGCCUCAAGACACUGGCACAUUCAUUAGCAAGAUUCCUUGGAACUUUUAUCUGUUAUUUGUGGUAAUCAUUCUGCUGGGCUUUCUCAUUUUCUUCAGUCCUACCAUAUUCCUAGAAUGGUCUUUAUUUGAUGAAAUCACAACUUGGAAAGACAAUCUUUCAAACUUUAGUUCCUACCUGACUAAAUCAGCUGAUUUUGUAGAACAAUCAGUUUUCUACUGGGAACAGUUGGCAGAUGGGUUUUUCAUUUUCAGUGAAAGAUUAAAGAAUUUCACUUUGGUGGUGCUGAACAAUGUGGCAGAAUUUGUGUGCAAAUAUAAACUGUUAUAAAAUCUGUUUGAAGUACAUAGUUCUGUGUCUUUUGUUAGAAGUUUGUCAGAAUACAGAGUGGUAGUUCAGAUUUGGUCAAGAUUCCAGUCAGAUAUUUUCCUCCACAAGUAUUCCUUUCAAAAACAAUGUCCUACACAUGUUGUUGAAAUUAGGUAGUAUAAAGAUAAAAGUGAAAUUUAAUAGUGUAGUCCUGAGCCCUCCUUCCUUUUUAAAGUGCUUUUGAAAUAAGCAUCCUACCCCUAAUACUGGUUGUGUUUAUGCUAUGAAAAAAGGGGAUGUGAGAGAGUACAUGAUUUAAUAUUGAUGAGGUAGUGUAAUAAUGAUUGUUCUUAAGCAUGUAAUAAAGACUACUCUUGUAAAGCAA